AUGGACAAAUCAGCAGAGAAACGAUUGAAGAAAAUUUAUCGACUUAGUGACGAUAUCGACGAUUCACGGGCACGUCUUCUCGCAAUAAAGUAUAGCCAAGAGAAAAGUGGUCUGACGAGUGAAAGAACACGCAAGAGUUAUAUGGAAGAUUUGGAAACACAUAUCGACAAAUUAACAUUGAAACGGCAGGACGAAAUAAUGAGGCAUUACUCUAACGUUAGGGUAACUAGAAAAUCAUCUCCAUCACCACCUCCACCACCACCACCAUUGCGUGUGCCUUCACCCUCAUCAACAACUCCACGACCGGCACCUACACCUAUUUUAUCAUUAUCACAUCGAUCACCAUCGAUACCUCGAGCACCAUCUCGGUCGCCAUCUAUCUCACCGCCUCGAACACCAUCCCCGUCGCCACAACCAGAACCAACGCCAGUGCCAUCUGCAAGUUCUCCUGAUAUGCGGUCAGAACAUGCAAAUGAUCAACCACCUGAAAAACCCAACAUAUGGUCCACGGAGCCAAUAUCAGCCGACGAAAAGGCUCAUUAUCAUAAAUGCAAGCAAUACUACGAUAUUCUAGGACAGCCGCUCGUGUCUGUUUCCGAGAAGAUAUUUUACGAUGAUUUUGAACUCUUAACUGCAUCGCUGGUAUGCGUCGUCGAUCAAGACGCUAGUGAUUUUGAUCCGGAAACUUUUUUGACCAACAUCGCCAAUAUCUUAAACAUUGAUGAUAUCACUAUAAGCAAGAUACAAAGUGGAUGUGUUAAAGUUGUAUUUGAUAUUUUCAAGCAAGUGGAUGGUGUAAAGAAAAAAAUUGAAGUUAAAGCCCUCUAUAGUUCAAUGACGGAUAAAACACUUCAAUCAUUAGGUUUAUUAAAAGUUUUGUUCAUGUUUAUGGGUGACAUGGAAACAUAUGAUGAUUCUAUCAAGUUUCGCUCGCAGAUUACAUUGCAUCCCGAAUUUAAUCGUAUCUAUGAUGUAAACCAUUCAUACUGGACUGGUUCUGCUCCUGAUGAAUUAGAUCGAGGACCUCAUCCUUAUUACUGUCCACUCGGAUGGCAAAGAUUUUCGUUCUACGUCGCUGACAAAUUUUACGAAAAAUUUAAAGGAUGGUCUGUAUGUUACCAUGGAACAAGGUUCGCCUACGGCCUAUCGAUAUUACUCAGCGGUUUGAAACCAGCAAUCGAUACAGCACAUGGUGACGGUAUAUACGCCAGUCCAUCAAUUAUCUAUACAGCUCAUCCAAGGUACUCUGAGAUUAAAAAAAUCGAAUCAGAGACUGAGAGUACAUUUUUCAAGGGUGGUAAAUAUGUUCAGUUUGUUUUACAAUGCCGUGUACAUCCGGAUAACAUAAAAAAGAUUGGCCAAGAAACGAUUAAAACUUAUGAUACAGUCAUCGAUCCUAACUUCGAUAAUGCCGUCAUCGAAUGGCUUAUCGAUGCGCAAGACAAACCCAUCAUGGAUUUUAAUGAUCCCAACUCCACUAUUGUUUGUACAGGUCUCAUGGUACGUGUUACAGACAAUCAUCCAGGAGUAUUGCCUGAUUCACAAUGGUGGUACCACACGUUUUUAACUGAACAUCCGCAAAUGCUACAAAGCAUUCAGUUGCAUGAACUUCAAGAGAAAAUCGAAAACGAAGAGACAUGUAAUAUAAUUUUUAGCUAA